AAAAAAAUCUGCGAGCUCCUAUUACCUCAGCCAAGAAAGCCGAGGCUUGAGAGUCCAACUCUUGCGUCCUUCCAUAUCCGCGCCAAUGGAUUACGACUAUCGGAAUCGUGCUGCUCCGCCCUACCGCCCUGCAGGCGCCGGAUCAUCCUUUUACCCGAGAGUCGGCCCUGCUGCUCCGCAAGCAGUCGGCCGUGGACCUCCCUACAGCCAACCUGCUCCACCUGUCGUAUCAGGAUUGGGUAUUAAAGUUGUACUGAAGCCAGAGUAUCGAAUGAAUCCACCUCCCCAAUUGGCACCACAAAUGGCAGAGGUCCCUCGUUGUACUUUCCAAUUUGACUUUGACUUUGAGAGAAGAAUUCUUGCUGAAGCUAAGAAAGGGAGCCAGAACUGGAGCAAAAUUGCAUCUGAAAAUCAGCCAUCAAAAGCUGGUCCAUCAACUUCUAUGGGUUCAACCGGAGAUCCAUUGGUGGAAAAGUAUGUUAGUGAGGGACUCCCACGUGAAGCUGCAUCUCUUGGAGUUUUAAACUAUGGAGAUAAUCCAGUCAAGGUAAGAGAGUUUGUCAGAGGCUACAACCUUCUUCGGGAGAUGGGAUUUGCUUCGAAGAAUGUUACGGAAGCUCUAGCCAUGUACGAUAACGACACUGACAAGGCCAUAGCACAUUUCCUCAACAACUCCUGAUGGCACAGAUUAUUUGCUCGAAAUUUUAUGGUUAAUGUUAUGUUCUCCUAUAACCACUUAUGUUGCUAUAUAAGGUUGUAAAACAUUAACAAUUUUUUCGUAUUCAUAAUUUGUAAAUUAUCGUUAAUUUUAGAAGGAAUUUUAAGGAUCACCGACAUUUUCUAUACAA